AUAUUAUAUAAGAAGAUCCAAAGAGCCACACUUUUUUCCACUUUGAGUUCGAACUAAACAAUUCAAUUCAAUCUGCCUCGAUCAUGGAGAGGAAAACAUUUGGGUUUUUGUUCUUGCUCCUCCUUGUCUUAGCUUCUGAUGUGACGGUGAAGAGAGCAGAGGCGAAAGAUUGCUUGACAAGGAGGCACGGGUUCCAGGGUAGAUGCUUAUUCGACAGGCAAUGUGCACAUGUGUGCAGGAGCGAUGGUUUCAUCGGUGGUCAGUGCCGAGGCCCUCUUCGCAAAUGCUUUUGCAGCAGGCCAUGUUGAUCGAAAUUACUACUGCCAAAGAGGCCAUGAAAUAAACAAACAAACAAAUAAAUAAAUAGCUCUAACCGACACAUAUGUACGUAGUGUCGGGGUUCUAGCUAGCUAGGUAGGUACGUGUGUCUUUUGUUAUCGAUCCUAGUUUGGUGGAGCAAGUGUGGCAUCAUGAUCUAGUUAUAUAUAUAUGUCGUGAUCAUCUUGCUCUGUUCAGCAAUAAAUUAUAAUGGAAAUUAAUAAAUUAGUUAUGCCUUUUCAAUUC